AUGAUGCCAGAGUUGAUCAAAACUAGAAUCGAAUUACCAGAGAUGUUGGUGUUGGAGAUUCUCUUAAAGCUUCAUGUUAAAUCCUUGACUCGUUUCAGGUGCGUUUGUAAGCCAUGGUAUUCAUCUUUUGAAACCCAUCAUUUCAUUACCAAACAUUAUCAGAACAACCUCAAAAACAGUAACCUUAAUCUCCUUUUCAAACGUUGUCAUGGUGACACUCGUGAUGACAUUCAUUAUUUCUCUCAACUUUCAACUGAUAAAGACCAAAACUUUAGAGUAAAACAAACUAUUCACUUACCCGUUUUCGAGAAUCUUGUGCAUGCACCUUCAAUUUAUGGCCCUUGUAAAGGAAUAUUGUGUUUAGGAGAUCUAGGUGGUAUUGGAAAUAAUGUUGCCCUUUGGAACCCUUCUAACAGAGAGUUUAAAAUCCUACCUCAAUCCAAAGUUCAACGCCCUCCUGGACUAUUGGAGUUCACUAGUAUUAAUUGCCUUGGUUUUGGGUAUGCUUCUCAAACCGAUGACUUCAAAGUUGUAAGAUUUGUUACUUAUUACUUUGAAGAGAAUCUAGAUGAAGGGUUGUUGGCAGAUUGGACAACACAAGUUGAGUUAUAUUCGCUUAAAAAUGAUUCAUGGAAGGAAAUACCAUUUCCUGGGGUUCAUGCUUUUGCUUCUACUUUGUUUAAUAAUUAUGUCAAUGGGUUUAUUUAUUGCCAUGCAGUUGCAGUUGUUCACCAUAUUCUUUCGUUUGAUAUGGUUAAUGAAAAGUUUUUAACUUCACAACUGCCUGAAUUUGGUGGGACAUUAGAACAAUAUUAUCUGGAACUUUUGGACUUCAAUGGAUUGCUUGGUGCUAUUUUUUACCCAAGGGAAGGAACUGACAAGUCUUUUGAUUUAUGGGUUAUGAAUGGGUCAUGGACUAAACAAUUAAGUGUUGAAUCUAUUCUUGGAGUUGAGAGGCCUUUGGGGUUUUGGAAAAAUGGCGAGUUAUUUCUCGAGAGCUCUAAUCAAGAACUAGUUUUAUUUGAUCCCUCCAUACAAGAGCUUAGAAAUCUUGGUAUUCACGCUUAUAAGGAAACAAUGCACAUUACUGCUUAUGUUGAGAGCUUGGAUCCAUUGAAUGGAAGAUCAGAGAAUGAGGAAUGUAUAAUACGACGGCCAGCCGAAGAUUCUACUAGAUUUGGCUUCCUUGGUUUUCGGUAUGAUUCUCAGACUGGUGACUUCAAAGUUGUUUUGGACUGCAAUGGAUUGCUUGCUGCUAUUUUUUAUCCAAGGGAAGGAACUGAUAAGUCUUUUGAUUUAUGGGUUAUGAAUGAAUCAUCGACUAAACAAUUCAGUGUUGAAUAUGUUCCUGUAUUUUAUAGGCCUUUGGGGUUUCGGAAAAACAGUGAAUUGUUUCUUGAGAGCUCUGAUCAUGAAUUGUUGUUGUUUGACCCCUCUACACGAGAAUUUAAAAAUCUCGAUAUACAUGGUUAUCGGGAAACAACGCAGAUUUUUGCUUAUAUUGAGAGCUUGGUUCCUAUAAACGGAAGACAAUAG